AUGGAAUCGGCCUGUUGCAAUGCUGCCGAUGUAGGUGGCAGUGAUGCCGUCGUAGACAGCGAAAUUGAUCGAAUGCUGCGUAACUAUGGCUGCGAUUUAAUCCAGAAGGCCGGUAUUUUGUUGCAAUUGAACGGCGUAACCAUCGCCACUGGGCAAACGAUUCUGCACAAGUUUUACUUCAAGCGUACACUUCGCGAAUUCGACAUUCGUGCUGGAUCGGCUACUGCGUGCUUUUUGGCGGCGAAGUUGGAGGAGAACAUGCGGAAGGCAAAGGAUGUCGCUCGUGUGUUCGAUUACUUGAUUAACAAUGAACAUGACGGGAGCGUUCCAACACGUCAUUUGGACGAGAUUCUAUCGGAUGAGAUAUUGCGCAUCGAACGCGAAAUUCUAGUGGAAUUCGGUUUUCGCAUGGGAGGCCUGCUAGUGUGCCCUCAUCGCUACGUGUUGCAGUAUGUCUUUGCGCUUUUCCGCAACCUGGGAGAGUAUUCGACUCACGGAGUGAACGAUGUUGCUCAGCGCGCCUGGGGUUAUUUGAAUGACAGCAUGCGGACAACCUUGUGUUGCACCACAACUCCAAGUGUGAUCGCAGUAGGUUGUAUUUAUAUGGCGGCGACGUCACUCGGGAUCCCUCUUCGUAAGGUUGGUUUCAUGCUGCUUCCCGUCUCCCACAGGUCCAUUCAGGUGGACGACUGGUUCGUUGUGUUUGACGUAAAAUGGUCGGACAUUGUCAUGGUAUGUGACGAGCUCGAACGACUGUACGCGAUGGGCCGACCGCGUUACGUGAACGUCAGUGGACUGAGCUUUGGACCACAGGGGGAGUGCACAGCCUCCGACAGCAGGGUGAUGAAUCAACCUGAUUCACGCGAGAAGGCAGCUGCAACACCUCGUGGAGAACGCGCCAAUACCGAAGCUGCAGCAUCCGUAUCUCAUGUUGGCAAAUUCGAUGCGGCAAACGCUGUAGAUGAAGCAAGCGACGCGUCUCGCGUCAACCGAGCGGAUGACAAAAAAAACGAACGCUGGUACGACCGGCAUCGUCACACCGGAAAGAACGAGAGGUAUAGUCGUGGACACAGCCGUUACCGGAGUGAUGAUGCAAGACGCAGCUACUCUCGUGAUCAAUCGCACAGAGGGCGGAACUAUGACUCAUAUGACCGAAGCGAUUACCGACGGCGUCGCUACCAUUAG